GUCAAAGUUAAAUUGACAUUGACAAGUGUUGACAAGUUGUCAGAAGCCGAAAGCCGUACAUAAUUUUUCUAUUAAUUUUUUAUCAAAUUUCUCCUUUCCAUAAGGUGGAAGAGGAAUAUAUAAAUAAACAGACCGUAAUAAGUCUGAGGUGGCAACCUAUUAUUUUUGUAUUUCUUCAUUUAAUGAUGAAUCCAACUUCUUGUGACACUUUUGUUGUUUUACCACCUCUAACUAAAAAUGGAAUUAUCUUUGGUAAAAAUUCUGAUAGACCUGGGGAUGAGGUACAAGAAGUAAUUUACGUACCAGCAGCAGACAUUCCAGGUUCAAUAAAGUGUACUUACAUAGAAGUGGAAUCAGCCGGACCUACUAAAGCUGUUAUAUUAAGUAAACCCAAUUGGAUGUGGGGUGCAGAAAUGGGUGCAAAUGAAUGUGGUGUAGUAAUUGGAAAUGAAGCAGUUUGGACUAAUGAUAAUGAUGGGGAUCAUGAUCCCAGUGUUAAAAGGCUUCUUGGAAUGGAUUUACUGAGAUUAGGUUUAGAAAGAAGUUCCUCGGCUACUGAGGCAUUAGAAGUAAUUACUCAACUAUUAGAAAAAUAUGGACAAGGAGGUCCUUGUUCCAAAUCGGAUCCAACUUUGGUAUAUCAUAAUUCAUUUAUAAUUGCCGAUGCAACAACAGCCUGGGUAUUGGAAACAUCAGGAAAACAUUGGGUUGCUGAACAAAUUACUAGUGGUUUUAGAAAUAUAUCCAACGCUCUAACUAUAACUACUAAAAUAGAUAGACACUCCAGUGGAAUACAGGAAUAUGCUAAAUCAAAAGGUCUAUGGAAUGGUCAAGGUGAAUUUAACUUCCGAUUAGUAUUUAGUGGCGAAACUAAACCUUACGGAAGCCGAUUUAUAGCGGGCGAAAAACUUUUGGAAAAAUUGACUGCCCCAGGGAAUUUCAAAGAAGUAGAUAUGUUUAAAAUUUUACGUGAUACUGAAUCGGGCAUUUGCAUGACAGGUGAUGGUCCAGGAUGCGUCACUCAAGGAAGCCAAGUAUCAGUUAUAUCCAAUAAUCGCCCAAGUGUUCACUGGUUCACGGCUACUCCAGAUCCUUCAAAAUCUGUUUUCAAACCAUUUGUUUUUACAAGCGGAUCUGUCAUUUCAAAACAUACCAUAUGUGCUUCAGGAGAUGUACCACAUACCCUGUAUUCCUUGCAAUCUUCAGCGAUGAAGAAAAGUAACAGAGAAGACGUCUUGGAACUACUGAGAAAUAUGGAAGCUGAAUGUGUUCAAGAAUUGGAAUUGGUGAUAGAGAGAGUCAAAGACGAUUUAUCCGAACUCGAUGAGUUGCUGAAAGAUUGUGUAGAAACUGAAGUCAAAUUUUACCGUUAAAGGCCUGAUAAGCUACUUCAUUUAUUUAAAUAAUUAUUGAUAGUUAUAUGCGAUGAGCACAAUUUUUUGAACGAAAAUUCGCUUGUUAUCGAACUGAUUGAGUUUAAAGAGAAGCCUAAUUCUUUCGUAUACAUUGCAUGUAACGUAUUAGCGCUCAGUUGCUUUUUUGCGACCGUGAUAUGAGUUAUGAGAUUUUAUUUUUUGAUUUAGUUGUGAUUUUAUACAUGUUUUUAUAUAAGUGUAUAGUGUGAUAUUGCUAACUAUAAAAAAUGUGUAUUUUGUUUUGUCUUAUUUAAAUAUAUUGUUUGUUAAUUCUUUUUUAGUAUAAAAUUAAAAUGACAUCAAGAAAUAUUGUGGUAAAUGAUUCUUAGGUUAUUUUUUUUAUAAAAAUAUGUAGUUGCACUUUGUUUUAUAAUUUAUUGAUGGUUUAUAAGUCAUAACCACUUUAGUUUAGUUAGACAGAUUAGACCAAGCAUUAGACACUAAGCAUUUGAUGAUACUUCAAAGUGAUAACAUUUUGGGUAAACUUAAAUAAGUUAAAAAUUGUAAGUUUUAUUUAAAGAAGCCUCUUAAUAUAUUCAAGGAGUUUAAUUUAAUUUUGUUGUUCGUACGUGAAUUCUAAAUACCUUUAAGUAUCUUUGAUGGCAGCGGAAAACAAUUUUUUGAAGUAUAUAUUAAAUGUUGUAAUAUUUGACCAUUGCGUAAAUAUGAAUGUAUUGAUAAUAUUGAUUACCAAAAUAUGUUCAGAAAGAGUUAUAAAGAAAAUGUCAUUAGUUAGGUGCUUGUAAGAACAAAACGAAGAAAACACGAGUAUGUGCAGGUUUAAAAAAACUAGUUUGUAUGCAAUAGAUUGGAAUUUAUCCUUAUAAUUAGUAUAUGAUGAUUAUAAGUUUUAUUUUAUUCCUUUUAGGUAUUGAGAAGGAACUAUUUUUUAAUACUGUUAAGUAAAAAAUGUUAUGAAACCCAAAUUACAAAACUCAUGAUUUCUCUUCUUAUUUCAUACAAGGUCAGAAUUUUAUUAAUUCAGCUAAAAGCUUUUGCUUCUUAUCUUACAUGAAAGUGUAUCACAUUCCAUAAUAAAUGGUAAUUAUAUUGA